AUGUCUGACGUCCAAGCUACUUCUCCCUCCGGCGCUGCCGCUCAGCCCGCCUCUCCCUCUGCCGAUGUCAACGGUGCCAACGCCCCUGCUGAUGUCGCCGCUCCUCCUCAGCACCAGAACCAGGCCUCAAACUCCGCUUCCCUCUACGUUGGUGAGCUCGACCCCUCCGUCACCGAGGCCAUGCUCUUCGAGCUCUUCUCCUCCAUCGGUCAGGUCGCUUCCAUCCGUGUCUGCCGUGAUGCCGUCACUCGCCGCUCGCUCGGUUACGCCUACGUCAACUACAACAGCAGCGACGAUGGUGAGCGCGCUCUCGAGGAGCUGAACUACACCCUCAUCAAGGGCAAGCCCUGCCGUAUCAUGUGGUCUCAGCGUGACCCCGCCCUCCGCAAGACUGGUCAGGGCAACGUCUUCAUCAAGAACCUCGAUGUCGCCAUUGACAACAAGGCUCUUCACGACACUUUCGCUGCUUUCGGCAACAUUCUUUCCUGCAAGGUCGCCCAGGACGAGCACGGCAACUCCAAGGGCUACGGUUUCGUCCACUACGAGACUGCUGAGGCUGCCAACGCUGCUAUCAAGAGCGUCAACGGCAUGCUUUUGAACGAGAAGAAGGUCUUUGUCGGUCACCACAUCCCCAAGAAGGACCGUAUGAGCAAGUUCGAGGAAAUGAAGGCCAACUUCACCAACGUCUAUGUCAAGAACAUCGACACCGGCGUCACCGACGACGAGUUCCGCGUUCUUUUCGAGAAGUACGGCGAUAUCACCUCCGCUUCGCUCGCUCACGACAACGAGGGCAAGAGCCGCGGUUUCGGUUUCGUCAACUUCUCCAGACACGAGGACGCCUCCAAGGCCGUUGACGAGCUCCACGAGUCUGACUUCCACGGACAGAAGCUGUAUGUCGGCCGCGCCCAGAAGAAGCACGAGCGCGAGGAGGAGCUCCGCCGCCAGUACGAGGCCGCUCGCCAGGAGAAGGUCAACAAGUACCAGGGCGUCAACCUCUACGUCAAGAACCUUGCUGACGACAUCGAUGACGAGGAGCUCCGCAAGAUCUUCGAGCCCUUCGGUUCCAUCACCUCCGCCAAGGUUAUGCGUGACACCCAGCCCGCUAAGGACGAGACCAAGGAGGGUGAGGAGACCAAGGAGGAGUCAACCGAGGAGAAGAAGGAGGAGGAGUCCGCUGAGGCCGAGAAGAAGGAGGAGGAGGGUGUUGACUCCGUCACCAAGGACCUCGAGAAGGUUAAGAUUGGCGGCGAGCUCAAGAUCCUCGGUAAGAGCAAGGGUUUCGGUUUCGUCUGCUUCAGCAACCCCGACGAGGCCACCAAGGCUGUCACCGAGCUCAACCAGAAGAUGGUGCAUAACAAGCCCCUCUACGUUGCUCUUGCCCAGCGCAAGGAUGUCCGCAAGAGCCAGCUCGAGGCCAGCAUCCAGGCCCGCAACCAGGUCCGCAUGCAGCAGCAGGCCGCCGCCGCUGGUGGUAUCCCCGCUCAGUUCAUGCAGCCUCAGAUGUUCUUCGGCCCCAACGGCCAGCCCAUCAUGCCCGCCCGUGGCCAGAUGCCCUUCAUGCAGGGUAUGCCCCAGGGCCAGCGUGGUGCCUUCCCUCAGCAGGGUGGUCGCGGCGGUCCCAACGGCCAGCCCCCUAUGGGCUACCCCGUUCCUCCCAUGCAGGGCUUCCCUCCCGGUGCUUACGGCAACCCUGCCUUUGCUAACCAGAUGAUGAUGGGCGGUCGUGGUGCCGGCCGUGGUGGUCCCAUGCCUAUGAUGCCCGGCAUGCCCCCUAACAUGAUGGGCCCCAACAUGGGUGGUCGCGGUCAGCAGUUCGGCCGUGGCGGUCCUCGCCAGAUGGGUGGCUUCCCUCAGCAGCGCCCUCAGGCUCCUUCCGCCUCCCCUGCUCUUGACGUCAACGCCCUCAACGCUGCUCCCCCUGCUCAGCAGAAGCAGAUGCUCGGUGAGGCUCUCUACCCCAAGAUCCACGAGCAGCAGCCCGAGCUUGCCGGCAAGAUCACCGGUAUGCUCCUCGAGAUGGACAACGCUGAACUCCUUGACCUGACCACCGACGACGCCGCUCUCCGCAACAAGGUUGACGAGGCCAUGCGUGUCUACAACGACUACCUCAAGUCCCAGGGUGGUGAGGAGGGUGCUCCUGCUGCCAACGGCUCCGAGAACGUUGCUCCUGCUGCCGAGGCCGCCACCGAGGAGAAGGCUUAA